CUAACUGUAAAGCUGUUUGCCGUAAAUGUUGCACGUGCGCUUUGUUGAGCUAGUCACAGGAACAUAGAUUAAAUGAUUUUUAAAGCCUCACAUUAAACAACAAAGACGUAUAAUUAUAACAACGACAAAUCAGUACCACAAAGAUUUUACCGACCAAGGCAACCAUGGAACCCGCAAGUGACAUGUGUCUCACGCGACUAGACCCCACCCCUUUCCACUACGAAAUGAGAGCCACCACCUACGGCGAAGUGUAUCCUAUCAACGCGGGAGGGGGAGAGGGCGCUGGACAGAUGACUUACAAGCCGGAGCCUCUGAAUAUCUACGGGUGGCGUUCGACUACUCAGGAGGACACGUACAAGAAGCAGCCUGGAGUGCUGAUCGGAAACUGGGUUGAGGAGCAGGCAGAUCUGCAGUUCAGAAAACGAAUCCCGCCUCUUCCAUCUGAUUAUGGGCACAACUUCAACACGAUCUACAAGACCAGUUACCAGAAGCCUUUUAUUCCCCUGGACAAGGCAAUCAGACACGCCUUGGAGAGAGAACCCCAAGCGUACCCCACCCACCAGGCAGAACUGGACCCGCCUCUAGCCAGACAGUACGAAACUAUGCUGACUGUUGCCAUGGAGACAUACACUGAUCCCAGCAAAGCAGUGGAGCAAAAAUAGAAAACAAAUAAAUCAGAAUAAAUUAGUUUAUCAUCAAAAAAGAGAGCUAAUAAAGGAUGCUUACCAA